AUAGGCUACCCUGACAUGUUGACAGCAUUUGUGUUUGGAACAUUUGCAGUCAAGACUGAAUUGCCCCGUUCCAAAAAUAAUGUCAUUGAUCUAUUGCAGACGACAGAAGAGGGAAGGUCUAAUUUGAUUGCCAUGGGGGACAUAUUCUUUCGCCAGGAUGUGGAGAAACUCCUGUACAACAAGUUUGUGGUCAUCAUUGGUGACUCAAUCCAGCGAGCUGUGUACAAGGAUGUGGUGUUGCUGCUCCAGAAGAACAGAUACUUGACUGAUGGCAACCUCCGCAACAAGGGUGAGAUGACCUUUGAGAAGGAUGAGCUGAUCGAAGGAGGCAAGAAGGGCAAGAUGUCUAAUGGCACCAACUACCGUGAGGUGCGACAGUACCUGUCUGACUACAACCUCAUCCGUUUCUACUUCGUCUGCCGCUGCUACAACGCUUACAUGGAGAGCAUCCUCGCCGACUUGAGUGAUGAACCAAGGCCUGAUGUUGUUAUUCUCAACUCCUGUCUGUGGGAUAUCAGCAGGUAUGGUGUGAGAGCAAUCGAUGAAUACAAAGAGAACCUGAAGACCCUGUUCCGGCGGUUCAAGGAGGUGCUGCCUGCUGACUGUCUGGUCAUCUGGAACACCACACUUCCCAUUUCAAAGAAUGCUAGGGGAGGUUUCAUUAUUCCUGAGAUUGAAUUCAUGAACUCCACUCUGCGUUUGGACAUCCUGGAAGCCAACUAUUAUGCAGCCAAGGUCGUGGUUGAAAACGACUUCGAUGUCCUUGACCUGCAUUACUUCCUGCGUUAUCAGCUUCACCGUCGUGCCGAUGAUGGCAUACACUGGGACAUGACGGCUCACCGGCGUAUGACCAACCUGCUGCUUACUCACAUCUCGGAUGCCUGGGGCUUUCUUCUCCCUGGUAACGUCCAGAAAAACCAGGAAAAGAACCCAGAGGUAUUCCGAUUUGGAAGUAACACCAUUCCUUCCAGAGCUUUGAACAGGCAGGAACAAGGUCUUCGGUCCCAACGUCGCCCACUCAAUCUUGACGUGAACCGUAUGUUGAAGGACAUCAACCCCAUGAACAUCAACCGCGGCACUCUGAACAGACAGAUAAUGGACACCAACAGGAAGCUGAGAAACGAUUGUGGGUACAGCCGCAGCAUGGAGGACAACAGCUAUGCGACAGACCUUGGAUCCAGGGACAACUUCCAGUGGCAGCCGUACAGCAACAACAACUUCGAACAAACGGCUCGGCAUGUGGACUUCAACCGUUGUCGGUACCAACCUUACAAUGGUGUACAGAGGCGCCGGAUCAGGCGGCAGUGAUUGGUGAAAGCACCAGACAUUAUGAGACAUAAUCACCACACAUUAUCAGACAUUAUCACCAAAUAACAUGUGAUAACAUGAUUUGCAUUUAACUCACAGAGCUCCAGAUAAGCUUUUGGUGUUGUGGGUAUUUUACCCAUGCAUUUUAAAAUCAUUGGGUAUCAGUAAUUCUAUCUGCGUAUUCAAAUUUCUGUUACCCACUAGUUUUUACACAUGUGGG